AUGGCUCUCAAGACCUGUCCACUCGCUGGUGGAGUGCUGCAAUGUGCGGCAGGCCUGCUCUCAGGACGCUCGCUCAGCCGUUGCAUGAACCAGAGGGGCAAGAACCUAGCGAGAGGAUACCAAUCAGUCUGUGGUAGCCGGCCUUCUCUAUUGCCUUCCCCAACCUUACCGACGCAACUGCGACUGCCCGUACAACGAAGCUGGACAACGACUUUCAGAACUUAUGCAUCGAACAGCUCUGGAUCCAGCGAUAGUACAGAUGCCAAGGUCAUCAGCGAGACCGUCGAACAUUCACAAGGACACAACAUUGCAACUAUCCAGAUCUCCAAUCCGUCCAAGCUGAACAUCGUCAGCAGUCCAGUCAUUGAACAGCUGAUUGAGGCGUGCGAAAGAGUCAGUAGUGACGAUGCUCUGCGAGCGGUCGUUCUCACUGGAGCGCCCACUGCUCCAGGCAAGGCACCAUCAUUCAUCGGCGGCGCCGACAUCCGCGAAAUGAGCCAAAUGUCGUCGUACGAGCAGGCUCGAGAUUUCAUCACCCUCGUACAUCGCGGAUGUCAGGCGUUGCGGGAAAUCCCAGUGCCAGUCAUCGGCCGUGUGGAUGGGUUCGCUCUUGGAGCUGGUCUCGAGAUCCUGGCUUCAUGUGACCUAAGGAUCGCAACGAAAAGUAGCGUCUUUGGUAUGCCGGAGGUCAAAAUUGGUCUUCCUUCUGUUGUUGAGGCGGCGUAUCUACCUGGUUUAAUUGGAUGGGGCAGGACCAGGCGAUUUUUGUACCUGGCUGAGAAUAUUAAUGGAAAGAUGGCUGAGGAAUGGGGUCUGGUAGAGAGGCUCGUCGAUGACGAAGCGGCGUUGGAUCAAGCGGUCAAGGAGUGGACGGAUAUGAUCGUUGGCAUGGGACCGAGGUGCAUUCGUUCGCAGAAACGGUUGAUGCAAAAGUGGGAGAAUUCAACGAUUGAUGAGGGCAUCGACGCUGGUGUUGAUGCGUUGGCUGAGGCAUUUGCGGAUGGAGGGAAGGAGCCAAGAGGGCUGAUGCAGAAGUUCUUGGGUAGAAAGAGAUGA